UGGUGUUAGUGUAGUUUAACGAGAAUCGGAUAAAAUAAAGCGGGAAACAUUGCCAACGUUGUUUUAAAGGUUACAACAAAUUAGUUUAACUGCGAUUUUAUUUUAAGCAAUUUUAGCAUAAAUAGUGAUGUCCUAUUCAAAAGAUAUGGAUCGUCCAUACACCGUUGUAGUCGAAGGAAAUAUUGGAAGUGGAAAGUCGACUUUUUUGAAUCAUUUUCAAGAAAAUCCCAGUAUAAGUGUUUUAUCUGAACCAGUAGAAUUGUGGAGAAAUUGCGGAGGUACCAAUUUAUUCGCUUUAUUAUAUGAAGAUCCAAAACGUUGGUCAUUUACAUUCCAAUCAUAUGUUCUUCUCACGAUGAUACGACAACAUUCACUACAAACUAACACAAGUAUUAAAGUAAUGGAAAGAUCAAUAUAUAGUGUACGAUACUGUUUUGUUGAUAACAUGCAAAGUGAAGGGAUUAUGCCGUCUCUUUCUGUUGAGGUACUUGAUGAAUAUUUUAAUUGGGUGAAAAAUAAACCUGAAGCAAAAGUGGAUUUGGUGAUUUAUCUCAGGACAAGCCCUGAUGUUGUGUAUGAAAGAAUGUUGCAAAGAAAUCGAGAUGAAGAGAAGACGGUUUCUUUAGAAUAUUUGACAAAGUUACAUGAUGUUCAUGAAAAAUGGCUUUAUUAUAAGAGUGCAUAUAGUUGUCCAGCCCCUAUUUUAAUCGUAGAUGCUAAUUUAGAUAAAACCAGUAUUGUUGAUGAGUACAUUAAAUCUGAAAGUGUUAUAAUGAAUAAGUUGUCCAUCUCUAGUUAAUUAAGUUGUCUUAAUAAUUAUUUUAAUUGUGGUUUGAAGUAAUUUUAAUGUGUUUGUUUAGGAAGUUAAUAUACUAGGAUUACUUUUAUAGUGAUUAUCUGACUAAUAUUGAUUUUAGUAGGUUUUAACAAUUCUUGUGUUCAAUUUGGUUUGUUACAUAACUAAAUUGUUAUAAAUUAAAGUAUUUGCACAUAUUAAUAAAUAAAUUACAUUACACUAGUAUUA